GUACUUUUGUAUUCAAUUGUAGUUAGUUUUCUGGCGGUUUAUUAUUUACAUAUUAUAUUCUGCAAUUUUAUUUAGAGUAUGAAGUUCUGGGUACUAUUAGUGCCACUUCUUGCAACGCAAGCAAUUGCAAACCUGGCUUCAGCAGCCAACAACAAUGUAGAUUCAGAUGGCCCGCGUGUGCCCAUUGAAUUUGUCAAUGAUGGAACCGACUACCAGAUACUCUUGCACCAAAAGAGAGCAGAUACCAACAGUGCCUCUCAUAAUAGCAAUCUCGGCGGUGAACUAGUUGACCUCUUGCAAAAUAGCAUUGGCGAUAAAAGUGGUGCGCAGUCCGACAAGCACAUUGUCAAGCCCGCAUUAUCCCAGCACAAUCUGCAACAACUCCACAUAGCCGCUACCACUACUGUCGCCAAUACCGCCGUUGCUGGAAAACCCUCCUCCCAAGUGUAUGGACCAAGCGUUGCCGACCCAAAUGUUAACGGCCACGUCAAUUUUGGAGCAAUUGGAAUAGAAAUUGCAAACAACCUUGCCAACGUCAUUGAUAUGAACGAAAUGGGCAACAUGGCUACAACAUUGGGUUUCAUGAUGUCGCGCACCAACAACCAGAACAUGGUACUGAACAAUGGCAUUGCCGCCCUUGUGAGCCAAAUGCUUGCCAAUCCACAGCUUUUGGGCGCUAGCAGCACCAGAAUCGCCGCGCACAAUAGUGGCAGCACUAGCAACACAGCACCCAAUACUCCAAACAUUGACAUGGCACAGCUGCUUGGCAUGGUUGCAAGUGGUAACGACGGCAAUGUGGACCUCCAGGGUAUUGCAAACAUAAUUGGCGGCGGUGCUGCAGUUAAUAUUGCACAGGUGAUUGAAGGCCUUGCAAGCGAGGGUGUUGGUGCAGGUGCAGGUGUAGCUUUAACCCCAGGCACCUCUGCGGCUAUCUCUGAAGCUAUCAACAAUGUCAUUGGCAGUGGCGAUGGAGUGCGCAAUGUUGCAUCCAUUGUUAAUGAGUUUGUCAAUGGUGAUGAUGAGGGUGGCGUUGCCAAUAUUGCCCAAGCCCUUGGUAUCCGUAAUUUUGUCCGGACAGAAGACAAGAAGGUGCCAGACGGCUGCCCGUCAUGCUUUAACUGCAUGUAUCCAGGCUCUCUGUGUGCGCACAAUGCUACAUCUUGUUUGAGCCCUGUGGACAAGGACAAGCGACCAUCAGCAAAAAACGAGCAUUGCCAUGAGGACACCGAGUGCAGGCCUGGAUGGGGCGGCUGGAACUGUAACACCCUACUGGUGAAGGAGGCCGGUGUUACAAUGGCAUGCUAUGUGGGCAACACAGAUCUAAGUAGGUACCUCCCUGAGGGCGUCACACCCAAGAUGACAUUUGGAUGUGACAGAAACUCGAGCGCUUGCUCAGCACAGUUUUGGAUUAGUGGAAAGGAGGCAUUCUACUGUGAUCUGGACCAGAUGAAGUGCAAGUGCAUCCCAGGCCGGUUCCUGUGUGGUAAUUAUGGACUAGACAUAUCCACAGUCCUUAAUGAGGUCGAAGGCCCAGUCAAUAUUAAGUGCCAUGAUGAUGGUUUCAGCAACUGCUUUAUCCGCGAGUCUCAAAAGAUCAUAACCCCUCAAAGCAGCAGCAGCAAACGUACAAGCUCAGAAUCAGAGAUGCACAGCGAGAUUAGUAACAUGAUGGCAAACACACUGCGUGCAACUGUGUCAUUCCGUGACAUCUCAUACACAAUUCCUGCACAGGGACCAGAUAUGGUGUCGUUCAAAGGGCUGGGAGUUAACAUAAGUGGAAAGGUGUCUUUAGGCUUGCAACCAGAUGGCAGCAGCACAAGUGCCAGUGAGACAAAGGGUAUGCAGUUGCUGAAAAAUGUCAAUGGCAUUGUGCGACCUGGUGAGAUUCUGGCCAUUUUGGGUGCAUCUGGUGCUGGCAAGAGCACCCUGCUUGAUAUCCUGUCACGGCGCGAAAAAUGUGGCAAGGUCACUGGCAAGGUACAGAUAAACGACAAGGACAUCAUUGGUGACAUAACGACUGAAGAGUUUCACCGCAUGUCAGGCUAUGUUGACCAGCAGGAUGUACAUGUGGCAACAGCCACUGUACACGAGUCUGUUAUGACCUCAGCCCUAUUGCGGCUUCCACGGGACAUGUCACUUGCAGCCAAAGAGGAACGCGUCCGUGACGUGCUGAUUGAUCUUGGUUAUGGCAUUGCUAAUCAGAGGGGCAAUGAGGAAGAUCCCAAUGCUGCCACAGCCAGCCACACUGGCUCUUCAUCUUCAAUUGACAAGAAAACUUCCAGUGACAGUGAGUGGAGCCCAUUACUAGGCACAAGCACACUCUCUUUGGACGCCACAUCUUUGGAAACUUCCAGCAGCAAAAAGCAUGGCACUAACAAUCCAAACCACAAGUCUGUCAACAAAGAUUUUUUGGCAACUCAGCAGCAGCCCAAGGGAAGCCAGUUUAUAGUCUACAAUGCCCGAAUCAACUUGCAACGACUUUUGGACAGUUUCAAGGCAAGCAACCAGUAUCACCAAGUAUCAGGUGAGCUGGACAAGGUCACAGGUGUUGACUGGGUGCCAUCAUCAUUUGAAAUGGUUACUUCUAUUGCUGUUGUCAUAUUUGUCAACAUAUUUGACUUGGUGUACCUGGUGUAUUGCCGCCUAAAGGGCAAGAACACUGGUCCCAAGUUUGAUGACAAACUGCGUCCAUCUUUGUUUGAGCAAUAUAAGGUGCUGUCUGCACGUAUAUUCAGGCACCUCUACCGUGACCCAACAUUGAUGCUGGCUAACUAUGCCAUGUCUCGUGCCAAUGCAUACUAUGAUCCAAUGGCAUACUUUUUAGCCAAGGUGACCUUUGACCUAAUCCCAUUGCGUGUUGUGCCACCCAUGCUGCUUACACUUAUUUUGUAUCCCAUGGCUGGUCUGGCUGCAACCUGGCAUCAGUUUAUCAAGUUCUUCUGCACAUUGGUGAUCUUCAACUUGACAAUUGCAUCGCAAAUGUUCUUUAUUGGCCUGCUCGCAGAGGAGCUUAUAGUGUCAAACUUUUUGGCAUCUCUCACACUCCUUUUCUCGCUGCUUUUUGGUGGUCUCAUACUGAACAAGGAGUCAAUUCCGGCAAUGCUGCAGCCGCUGUUUGGUACUUCUAUUUUUAAUCUGGCAUAUGAGGCCCUGUCUAUCAAUGAGCUUAGAUAUGCUCACGUGAAGAAGUGAAGUUUGGCCUGCAGAUUGAGGUUCCUACUGCAGCACUCAUUUCAUCAUUUGGAUUUAACCUGCAAGCAUUCUGGUGGGACAUUUUUACUCUGAUUGUAGUACUUGCAGUGAGCUUGAGUAUGUCGUUGGUAUGGCUAACAUUUGUCAUCAAGGAGAGAAGAU